ACUCAAUUACGUAUUAUUUUAGUUUCUUAAUGUAGCAGUGUAUAUUUAUAUUAACGUUGAGAUGUAAAUUUGAGUGGUUCCCGCAUAAAUUAACGGAGAAAAUAGUGGAUUGUUUUCAAUCAUUAAUAUUUAAUAUUAUUUGUAAAUAUGACGACACUGAAAGGUGUUUUCCCUGAUCUAAAACCAGCAAGGCGUAAAAAUUUUAUACAUGAAAAUGUAAAAAAUCUUCGUCACCUGGAAAAAAGUUUACAUGCGAAUAAGGGAGUAGGAGAUGCACAGAAUGUACAGCUACAUGAGCGAAAAAAGAUUAGUAAUCCAUAUCAAAAUGUUUUACCCAAGCUAAAUUCAAAUCUUGGGCCAAAGAAAUAUGUAGGGAUUGAUGUAAAUUUAAAUGCACGUGAUAAACUAAGUAAAAACUGUGUAGAAAACCAACAAAAAUUAUGUGGAAAGUCUAGUAUGCCAGUAAUGAACAAAAAUAAUAGUAGAACAAAAAAGACAUUACAUUCAGCAAAUAGUAACAAUUCAUCAAUGAAACAAAAGAGGAAAAAUUCUAAAAAUUUACAUAAAUCUGAUGACAGAUUACAUGAAAAUGUCUCAUCAGACUCUGCUUUGUUGCGUGAAUCACCUGAAAAUGCUAGUAAUGAGAUAAACACAAAAACGCAAAUCAAAUACAAGAAUCAAAGUAUACAAACGUUAGAUACAAACCAAAUGGACAAUUUGUAUUCUGAAGGGAUAAUAAGAUAUCCUUCAAAGAAUUGUUUAAACACCAAUGAGUCAAGAAGUAAGAAUGAUACUAUUCAACAAAACGAUAAUGUUUUAAGAGAUACAACAUCUUCUUCAAAUCAAGAUCAAUCAGAAGAAAAUUCUGAAUUCCUUACACUUAAGGGGGAAUUGGAUGAUACUAAGUUAAAUACAGAAUCUACACCCAUGAUUAAUAAAACAGCUGCUCGGCUAAAUAAUAAUAACAAUAGUAACAAUUAUAAUAAAAUCACACCUUCAACCAAUUAUCGCAAGGGUGUUGUUCCUAAGUAUAUUAAAGAAAGGAAAGAAGCUCAAAAAAAGGAGCAGAAAGCCAAAGAAGAAGCAUUAGAUCCUAACUGUCCAAAUGGUCAUGUUCCCUUACCUGAAAAUGAACGCAAAGAAACGCUGUAUAUAUUAAAAAAAAAUUAUCAAGAUUAUGUAAAUGAAUUAAACAUGAUGCCUAUAAAAUCAGAUACCCUUAGGGCACAGCAACGAAAAGCAGAAAUAGAGAAGCAACUAAACAAAUUAGAAGAAGGCAUUAAAGUUUUCUCAAAACCGAAAGUUUAUGUAAAAAUGAAUGCAUAA